UGCUCUGAGCGCCUCCCGCUAGUUCUUCAGCCCAAUCCUUAUGAAUCCUUCCAUAGACCGACUAGCAAGUAUUCAUUUGAACAACCUCAAAGGCAUCUCAGUGAGCGAACCAACCGCACGCCAUAAUGUCCUCCCUUCACAUAUUCAGCGACGUUCUCGCCCUUAGCAUCGCCGCUUUCAGCGCCCUCUGUGUCCAGGCGCAUUUAACGAAACGGUUCACACCUACCUUUUCGAAGAAUCUCGAGGAAAAACUACCUCAACACAACAAGGCUGUAUUCUGGUGGCUGGGUAUCUCGGAUAACGCUCUGAGAUAUGUUUUCGUUAGCUUGAAUAUAUUGGUUUCGGUUUCGCUUGCUUUGGCCGAUUUGAGGACUACAGGGCUUAAAGUUUCCAUGGGGCUUUUGUUUAUUGGAUUUUAUUCUGAUAUGAAGUUGGGAGAGAGUCCGAUACCUCAUCUUAUUCUAUGCAGUGUUGUGGGGGCGGCAAUAGUGGCGAGAUAGGGUAAGAGGGCUUGUCGAAGGACCAGCAAUGCACUCUGGCUAAGGGUGAGCUAGUGUUGCCUGUCGUGAGUUCAACACGGUAAAUUGGUGUCCACAGACAAAGUAUCAGAGUACAAUUGACACGAAGCAAAUCAUUUCAGAAGGAAGCAUCAACUUGAAAGGGCAAUGAAAUGCAAACUUACC